GACACGCAGUCAGCUGUAAUUACCCGAGGAUUCUUUAAUGAAAAGCUGGAUUAUGAGGACUGGAGAAGCAGUCGGCAGAUAUUGAAAGGACGGAUUAGAGGCUUUUCAGUCCGCCUUCCCUCCAGGAUGGGGAUAGACCGGCGGCGGAGAGCUUCUCUGGCGCUCACCUUGAACUUCAUCGCCCUCCUGUUCGCUGUCUCCGCUCUCACCACCAGCUACUGGUGCGAGGGCACCAGGAAAGUGGUGAAGCCGUUCUGCACUGGGCCCUUCACUCCCAAGCAGCCCUACUGCAUCAGAUACAACAGCUCCAACCUCAACGACAGCCGCCUGGUCCAGUACAUCUGGGAGACUGGGGAGGAUAAGUUUCUCAUCAGAAAGUUCCACACGGGUAUCUGGUUCUCCUGCGAGCAGAAUGUCAACUUGAUCGGAGAGCAUUGUAGAAGUUUUCUUACUAUUGCACCUUCACAUGAAAGAGGUGUUCUGUGGCUGUGCAUUGUGGCUGAGUGUCUCUACAUCGUUCUGCUGGCGACCGGUGGGAUCCUCAUGUCAAUAGAGGUCUGUCAUUACGGCAACGUUAUUGAUGGGCUCAAGCUGAAUGCGUUUGCUGCAAUAUUUACCGUCCUGUCAGGGCUUUUGGGAAUGGUGGCCCACAUGAUGUUUACCACAGCCUUCCAGUUAACAGUGAGUCUGGGGCCUGAAGACUGGAAGCCACAGACCUGGGACUACAGUUGGUCCUACAUCCUGGCAUGGAGUUCCUUCACCGCCUGCAUGGCCUCCUCAGUGACGACCAUCAACAGGUACACAAAGACUAUCCUGGAGUUCAAACAUAAGCGGAGAAACAUCGAGAAGAACCUGAAAAUCAAGCAGAAGCUGCUGGACCUCGACUCUCCUGACCAGGUGUGGGACAUGUACAUCAGCUCGGUGCCCAGCACGGCUGAAGAGCUGCUGGACCUCUCCAGCAAUGGCCGCAAGCUGUCCAACACCUCGUUCGUCCUGGAUCUGAACGACCUGCCCGAUCCGCAGGUGGAGGAGUACUGCUGAGGGCCC